UAGUGCAUUUUCGUCAAUCAGUUCGUUCGAAGAAAAACGGUUAAUCGUUCUUUCAAGCUAUACCCAGCUUUCUACUUUAGAGAUGUCUUCUAGCAACGAAAAUAGCGCACGCUUGAAUCAAUUCAAACAUAAAGGAAAGGAUGCAAACGAACUGAGACGCAGGAGGAUUGAAGUAAAUGUUGAGCUCCGAAAAGCGAAGAAAGACGAACAAAUUCUGAAAAGGAGGAAUGUCGCUACUCUUCCGGAUGAGGCUACUUCGCCUCUUCAAGAGAAAAGUCAAAAUUGCCAGGCUCAGCACUGGACAGUAGAAGAGAUCGUCAGUGGGGUUAACAGUAACAAUCUUGAAACUCAGCUGCAAGCGACCCAAGCUGCACGGAAAUUGUUGUCAAGAGAGCGCCAUCCACCAAUUGACCGAAUCAUCAACGCAGGCUUGAUCACAAAGUUUGUGGGCUUCCUAGGCAUAAUGGGUUCGCCUCCGAUUCAAUUUGAAGCAGCCUGGGCCCUAACUAAUAUUGCAUCUGGGACAUCUGACCAGACCACAGCUGUGGUGGAAGGAGGGGCUAUCCCAGCCUUCAUCAGUUUGAUCACAUCCCCACACCCUCAUAUUAGUGAACAGGCUAUAUGGGCACUGGGCAAUAUUGCUGGGGAUGGUUCUGCCUAUAGAGACAAGGUCAUUAAGCAUGGAGCUGUUGGCCACCUCCUGAGUCUGCUUGCUGUCCCUGACCUUUCUGUGUUUGCUCCUGGUUACCUGAGGAACAUCACCUGGACUUUGUCUAACCUGUGUCGCAACAAGAACCCUGUGCCACCUCUUGAGGCAGUGCGGCAGAUUCUGCCUACACUCGUCCUCCUCCUGCAUCACAACGAUAAGGAAGUGCUUGCAGACACCUGCUGGGCCAUCUCGUAUCUGACAGAUGGGCCCAAUGAGCGGAUUGAGGUGGUGGUACAAACCGGCCUGGUUCCUCGACUGGUGCAGCUCCUUGGUUCUGGAGAACUCUCCAUAGUGACUCCUUCGUUGCGCUCCAUUGGUAAUAUUGUAACUGGCACUGAUGAGCAAACCCAGGCAGUGCUGGAUUCAGGGGCCCUUGGCAUGUUCCCUGGUCUGCUGAGGCACCAUAAGAACAAUAUCCAGAAGGAAGCCUCCUGGACACUGUCCAACAUUACUGCAGGAAAGGAUACACAGAUCCAGGAGGUCCUCAACGCAGGCUUGGUGCCUUACCUGGUGGAUAUUCUCAAACGGGGUGACUACAAGACCCAGAAGGAGGCAGUAUGGGCAGUGACCAACUAUACCAGUGGAGGCACUGUAGAACAAGUAGUAUUUCUUGUUCAGUCCAAUGUACUGGAGCCACUUUUGAAUCUUCUGUCUGCCAAAGAUAGCAAGACUGUCCUUGUCAUUUUGGAUGCACUCAGUAACAUCUUUCUGGCUGGUGAGAAAAUUGGUGAGACUGAUAAGCUUUGCUUGAUGAUCGAAGAAUGUGGUGGCUUGGAUAAAAUUGAAGCCCUGCAGACCCAUGAGAAUGAAAUGGUGUACAAGGCUUCACUGAACAUUAUUGAGAAAUACUUCUCUGGAGAGGAGGAAGAGGAUGAGCAUGUGGCUCCAGAAAUAACAACUGAUGGCUAUGCAUUCCAGAUCAAUGAAAAUCAAGGCACUUUCAACUUCUAGAUGUUUUUCCUGUUCUGUCUUGUCCAAUGUUUAUGAAUCUCUGACUUGUUCUGGAGAACUGUACAUAUGGAACUGUCUUCAUUUUAUUACUUUGUAAAUAAAGUAAAUUAAAGGUG